GCUGUUAUUUUUCUAGAGAAACCCGAAGAAAAUGGCUUCAGAUGUAUUGGCGAACGCGGGAUCUGAAAUUCGCGAGAAUCUGGUAACGACAGCCGUUAAGUUCCUGCAGAAUCCAAAUGUACAGCGGUGCACCAUGGAGAGCAAGGAACGGUUUCUACGUAACAAAGGUCUUACAGACUUAGAAGUACAUAAGGCUAUAGAGAAAUGCGCGGAGCUGUUAGACGUACCAUCGAUGACGUCAGAGCUCAUGGUCUUCCACCAAUCACGGCGGUCUUGGUUCAGAGAACAGUUCGCACCUAUUCUAGUCUACGGAGGAAUGGCAUAUGCUGCUUAUUUGUUCUAUAAGCAUUUCAUCCGACAACUUCUCUUCGUGACGGAACCAAAGAAAAAAUCAACAGCAGAAUGCAUCGACGAGCUUCGCAAGUCGUUGGACAUAUUAAACACGAGCGUGGCGUCUCUGCGCUGCGAUAUGCAAGCGCAGGCGCAUCAGAACCUUACGAGAUCACAGUUGGACAAUAUCAAAUCGGAUAUUGCGUCGGUCAAAGGAAUAUUGCUUAAUAGGAACCAAUUCCCCUCGCUAAAAACGCGUUCAGAGCCCCCCUCUAUCCCAGCGUGGCAGCGCCAAUCGGAAGAGGCCACCUCCACUGAACCCCCCGCUGAGGAAAAGAAGAAACCUCAUAGAAUCCGCAGUAACCGCUCAGAGUCAGGGGGAUCCAAUUCCAGUGAGGGAGAACAGGCUACAAAGAAUAGUGACAGCAGUUUGGAAAUUAUGUGAGUGAAAGGGAGGGAUAUAGUUUUAACAUGAACUUCGUAAUGAUGCUGCUAGUCUUGUAUAACCAUUUGAAGACAACGGUGAGUCAGCUUAGUAGUAACAUUCUCUAUUAAUUUGCCAAUGUCCACACAAUGUAUACGGCUAUAAUGUUAAUAUAUGUUUUGUUCGUAGAAAGUCUUAUCUAUUGGGGUUUUGUUUCAUUUGCUCGAAACUUUAUUUUAUGUAUUUUUAUUAAUGUGAAUAACAUAUGAAACUAUAUUUUAAUACGUCUCUUUGUAACAUAUUAAAAAAAUUCGAUGAAAUGUUUUUUUGGGCAAGGCUAGUGUGUGAAGUAAUUUUGAAAUCGUGUAUCAUUAAUUCAAUAAAGAUCAUAACUUUCUUUUGAAUACAGGUUGAUUGUAUGUAUGUGUGGAUCCCUCUCAAAUAGAUGUACCACCCAUACAUUUUGAUCCAUGGUGUAUAUGAACAUUUUGUAUGUGAUCACUGUUUUUUUUUCACGUGUAAUAUUAUAAAAUAAAUAUUUAUUGCAUCAUCUUUUCUAAUCUUUUAGUAACAAAGACAACAACUGCGUCUUUGAUUAUUUUUUAAAAUUUAUAUUUGUCUUAGUAAAUCGAUGAAUCGAUUCAGCGCACUCCGUUGUCAGUGAAUUUGUUUAUUACUAAGUACAUGAUUUCAAAAUUAACUGAUGGUUUUCUUAAAAUUUAUUGCCAAAUUAACUUUAUUUUAAAUUAGUAUUGUGUGAUGGCUCGUUGACAUAAUAAGGUACCUUGGUAUUAAUUAAGAUGUUGUACAGUUUUUUUAAGUGUUUUCCUUAGUACAUAAUCAUGUAUGAUAGAUAAACUACGGUCACUAUAUAAUCGUCUCUGACAGUCGAUAAAUAGUUCACUUAUUUUCUGCUCUUCCUUCUUGGGACAGGUUAGAUGUGUAACCGGAGCAUCGUAUAGCGACCGUAGAAUAGUUUUUAAUUGAAAUUUGUUAUUUUGGGCUUAAUUUGGAUGCACCAAAGCGGCUGAAAUUUAUGAUUUUUAUGUAAAAAUUUUGUUAUUGCCAAGAUUUUGCCUAGAUUAACAAAUGUCAGUAAUUUUAGGUAGCAAUUCGUUGUACCUUAUGUCAAAUAUACAAAAUACUCAAUAUGUACAAUAUGUAACAUGUCACGGUGAAAUAAAUCAUAUUGGCCGUAGCAGUGUCUCCAAAAUUGACAUCUAACGGAUAAACGCAGCGGAAGUACGCACAAUAACGCUCUGUCGCAACGAGUAUACAUUACCAGCGGUGCUUUUCUCUGAUCGUUAGGCUCAACUUAUAUUGCGGCGGAAUGGACGCGAAGCGAAUUUUUGUAACAAUUAUUAACUUUAUGGUCAAUUGUGUAACGUCCAAACUAGAUACGAGGCACAAUCUUGCGCGGAAUUCUGGCGAAUACGCGAGAUUUUAAUGUACAAUAGCGUUACAAAAAUUUGUUUCUAAUAUAAAUUGAGCCUUAGAUUCAGUUACUCCGUACCGGAAUUGCCUCGAAUUUUUAAUCGAAAUUGUACAUAACCAUCGUCCUUGACAGAGCGGCCGCGGCUUGACAGGGUUGAUGUGACUCGCCUCUCAAUAUCUCGCCAUAUCUCCCUCACUCGUGCUUUCAUGCAAAGGACCGCCCACUGCAGAUUUUAUCGGGUCCGUCCAUCGCAUGUGUGACCUUCCUUCCUAAUGAGCUUUACGUAACGUACAAACUAGAUACGAUACGGUUGCGGGAAUUCCCGAGACUUCGCGAGAAUUCUUCGAAAGACGCGUAAUCUCUUUUUUGGCUAUGUAAUUUGUACUUUACAUAAAUGACGAUAAAGUUCAUUAUUCUAGGGUUACAAAAUUCGCUUCCAUUUAGUUCCGCAGCAUUGCAAAUUACGCCUUACUUGUCACGACCAAUCUCGUAGACUUGAAUUGCCAUGGUCGAUCUAUAAAGGUGGCUUCCCACGGUCCGUGACUGCACGGGCCGCUCUGAUUUGCACGGGAGUGCUCGCGCCGCGACCCCUGGGCCGUGAGAAGCCAGCAUAAAUCUGUAAAUAAUCAUAGGACUCAGGUAAAAGACAAUUUGUUCUAACCCGGAUUAUUUGUACGGUGUGAUUCAAACUAUGGCCCACCUCACAUCUGCUGAAGAUGUGAGGUGGCGGCUACUAAUGACGCAGUGUGACUUAAUCUGGGUCGUAAUGGGCCGAGCGUGAUUGCGCGUACACAAUCUGCGUAACUUUCCGUAGAUUUUUACAUAGUUUUUUUUAUUAAAUCCAAAAAUAGACCACGCCCUUUAUUAGCAUGUCUAAACUUGGAAUAAAACGUAAAAACAAAUACUAACAAAAAAAAAUUCUAAGACCUAUUCAAGUCAGCGAAUAAAAUAAUCUAACAUAUAAAACAAACGAAUAUUUCAAUUGCCUUCAUAUUUGUUACUAAUGUCCAGUUGCACUAAACGUCUUAAACCAAUGCUUAAAUUGAUAAGAAGUUCUUUGUGAAAGAGUUUGUCCAGGGAAUUACUGCUACCUUACCUAUUUCUGUCGCCAAUCAGUAAUGUCAGCAUUA